AUGCAGGAGUAUCUGCAGAGCCACGUGGGCAUCAUCCGGCGGGACCACGCCGCGCGAAUCACGGACUUCGUCUGCCUGCGCGUCGCGCAGGAGGAGGGCGGAGCGGGUGCGGACGACGCGGGGGCGGACGGGGAAGGCGCGGGGGAGGGCGCGGGGGAAGCCGGCGCGGGGGACGCAGAGGGAGGCGCGGGGAAGGGGCGGAGCGCGGGGAGGCAUAAAAACAGGCUCACGUUUUGCGUGGAGGGGAAUAUAAGCGUGGGGAAGACGACGUUCUUAGAACGAAUAGUAGGCGACGCGGUGAAGCUUCAUGACUUAGUGGAGGUGGUUCCUGAGCCGGUGGCGAGGUGGCAGAGCGUGGGGCAGGAGAAGUUCAACAUUCUCGAGGCGUUCUAUGAGGAGCCGGAGCGGUACGCUUAUACGUUCCAGAACUACGUGUUUGUAACGCGCAUGAUGCAGGAGCGCGAGAGUGCCGGGCGCGUGCGGCCCAUCCGGCUGAUGGAGCGAUCCGUGUUCAGCGAUAGAAUGGUGCGUGGGGGGGUGGUGAGAGGAAGUGAGAGGGGAAAGGGGGGAAGGGGCUGGGGGGCUGGUGUGCUUGAGCCGGUAUUCGUGCGAGCAGUGCACAAAGCCAAAUGGAUGAGCGCAAUGGAGGUGUUUGUUAGAGCAGUGCACGAGGCGAAAUGGAUGAGUGCCAUGGAAGUGAGCAUAUACGACUCGUGGUUCGACCCCGUGGUGGCGGCGCUACCCGGCCUCGUACCAGACGGGUUCAUCUACCUGCGCGCCCACCCCCUCACCUGCCACCAACGUCUCAAGCAGCGCGCUCGCGGUGAGGAGGCGGGGGUUUCCCUGGACUACCUGACAGACCUGCAUAACAAGCACGAGCAGUGGCUGCUGCCUGUUGAGUCGGCCGAGGAGAGGCCGAGGUUCUCUGUUGUGCAGCCGGAUUGGUUGAAGGAAAGGGGAGGGGGGGGAGGAGGAGGUGGGGGAAGAGGGGAGGAGGAUGACACACCGGAGAUCAUCAAGGGGAGGGUGUUUGCUCUGGAGGGCGAGCAUCUGCACUCGAGCAUCCAGCAGGUGCCGGCGUUGGUGCUCGACUGUGACGCUCAGAUCGACCUCAUUCGCGACCAAGACGCAAAGGAAAUGUACACGAAGCAGGUGCAGGCAUUCUUUGACUUUGUGCAACGGCGCAAGGAGCAGCAGAAGCAGCGGCAGCGGCAGCAACGGCAGGGAGCGGGCAUUUCCCCCGACUCGACCCUCAUCAUCCCUUCCUCCCCCUCUCUCUCCAUGCCGCCUGGGAUAAACUUUGACCCAACAUCGUUACUCCGUGCGUAA